AUGGUUCGUGAUCAAACAGAGAGAAGGGAGAGUGGCGAAGUUCGCUAUCCUUCCUUGAGCAACCGGAGACGGAGCCUAGACGAAGCCCCUCCUACGGAUCAAGACGCCCUGCGCGCAUUGAUCGAACACGCGGAGAGAGCGACGGAUGAUCCAUCGGCUCUUCCAGCCUUCAUGGCACUGGUCAACGAGAAUCAGACACACGCAGCGGCGUUUGUACUAACAUUGGCAGCUGUCUACGAGGAAGAGAAAGCCCUCCGUCUGGAGAAGGAGGCCGAGCAUCGAGAAGUCCUCCAGGAGAAGGAAACUUGGGAAGAAAGAUACCAAGACCUUGACGGAGGCACUAGCAUCGAGAUUGAGGCUCUGAAGGAUCGACUCCGUGACAAGGAGGAGAUCAUUCAGAACCUCCGCGACAAGGUUACGGCGAUACCAAAGCCGCAAGUUCGAGUGGAAUCUCCAUCGGGGACUUCAACGGAACAAGAGUCGCUGCCUCAAAGGCAGGCCUCGUUGGAAGCGACUCCGAGCCCCUCGACAGUGCUUGGUACGAAGACAGAGAAGCUGCCUCAUCCAGAGGUCUUUGAGGAUGGAUCUCCUCAGAAGUUUCGCUCUUGGUUGUCAGCCAUGAAGAUGAAGUUCAUGGUUAACGCGGCGCUCUUUCCGACAGAGCUAUCCAAGGUCGCCUAUGUACAAUCACGCACAGGCGGCGACGCUCGGGAAUUGCUUAGGUCAUAUUUCGAGGACUUCGAGAGGGCCCAGAUUUCAGAUAUAUUUGCGGACCUUUCAACUCGAUUCGAUUCUCUGUUUCGACAAGAGACUACUCAUAAGGAGUAUCACUACUUACAGCAAAGGCAGCAGGACCUCGCUGCAUUCUUAGGGGAUUUCUGA